AUGGCUAGGGAAGUUCACCAGGUAGCCCGCGACCUCCAGGAGUGCACGACGGUUGGAGUGGCGUGCCUCUCUUGUCGCGAACCUAAAGAACCGCAGCUGGAGGACCUCGAGAAAUGUCCUCAGAUCUGCAUCGCGACUCCCAGCCGUCUCCUCGCCUUCCUGAAAGAAGGCAGGCUGCGCCUCUUCAGAUGCACCUACGUGGUGUUAGACGGAGCAGACCGCAUUGUGGAUAUGGGCCUCGAGGUCGAAAUUCAGGCCAUUGCAGAGUGGAUCCGUCCUGACCACCAGACGCAAAUAUGGCUGACCUCGCUAACCCAUAACGUACAUCCGCUCUGCGAGGACCUACUGGAUGACUACGUUCAGGUCAGCAUCGGGGUAAAGCCAGCGCCUCGUGCCCUGACCGUCGAGCAGGUCGUUUUUGUCGGUGAUGAGGCAGAGAAAAGCGAGCGGCUCAUAGCGAUUCUGCAGGACAUUCUCAACAAGCGACACCAUAAAGUCAUAGUUUUCGUUGAAUCGAAGCAGGCAGUGGACCGCCUUGUGGGCAUGUUGGUGUUUCGGGAUUUUCCUGCUAUUGGCAUCCACAGCAAAAGACGGAAAAAGAACGGAACUGGGCUAUUGCCUCGUUUCGCGCCAGCAGGCGCUCCCAUCCUGGUGUCGACCGACUUGGGCGCGCAAGAACUGGACGCCACCGGUGGCGUACGCUUCGUCAUCAACUACGACUACCCCACGCGUGCCGAGGGCUACAUGAGGCGCCUGAAUCACGUCUCGCACCCUCAUGAGCCCGGUGUGGCGUACACGUUCUUCGCGCACCACGAUAGGCGCCACGCCGCGGACCUUGUCUUUAUUCUUCGCGAGGCUAAGCAGCAAAUUCCGGACGAACUCAAAGAGUUUGCUAAGAGCGAGCUUGGCGUUCUCUGA